AAAGGAAACAAGAAACAACAGGCUCAUGCAAGCAAAGACCUGGAAGAGCAGUUGCGGUCUGUGUCCAGUGUGGAUGAACUCAUGACAGUACUUUACCCAGAAUACUGGAAAAUGUUCAAGUGUCAGUUGAGGAAAGGAGGUUGGCAGCACAACAGGGAACACUCCAGCUUUGACACGAGAUCAGACGAUUCCCUGAAGUUUGCCGCAGCACACUAUAAUGCAGAGAUCCUGAAAAGUAUUGAUACUGAAUGGAGAAAAACUCAGUGCAUGCCACGUGAAGUGUGUGUGGAUGUGGGAAAAGAGUUUGGAGCAACUACAAACACCUUCUUUAAACCCCCAUGUGUAUCCAUCUACAGAUGUGGAGGUUGCUGCAAUAGUGAAGGACUCCAGUGUAUGAAUAUCAGCACAAAUUACAUCAGCAAGACACUGUUUGAGAUCACAGUGCCUCUAUCCCACGGCCCCAAACCUGUAACAGUCAGUUUUGCCAAUCACACGUCCUGCCGAUGCAUGUCAAAGUUGGAUGUUUACAGACAAGUUCAUUCCAUCAUAAGACGUUCCUUACCAGCAACUCCAACUCAGUGUCAUGUGUCAAACAAGACCUGUCCAAAAAAUCAUAUCUGGAAUAAUCAAAUUUGCAGAUGUUUGUCACAACAUGAUUUUGGUUUCUCUUCUCACCUUGGAGAUUCUGAUACAUCUGAAGGAUUCCAUAUUUGUGGACCAAACAAAGAACUGGAUGAAGAAACCUGUCAAUGUGUCUGCAAAGGAGGCUUGCAGCCCUCAAGCUGUGGACCUCACAAAGAAUUAGACAGAUCCUCAUGUCAGUGCACAUGCAAAAACAAAAUCCUCCCUGCUUCCUGUGGGCCCAACAAGGAAUUUGAUGAAGCUAAGUGCCAGUGUGUAUGUAAAAAGACCUGUCCUAAACAUCAGCCACUAAAUCCUGCUAAAUGCAUCUGUGAAUGUAUAGAAUCUCCCAAUAAAUGCUUCUUAAAAGGAAAGAGAUUCCACCACCAAACAUGCAGUUGUUACAGACCGCCGUGUACAGUUCGAACGAAACGCUGUGAUGCUGGAUUUUAUUUCAGUGAAGAAGUGUGCCGCUGUGUACCCACAUACUGGAAAAGACCACAUAUGAAUUAGUGAAGAGAGCACUACUUGCUGUUUUGGGGUAUAUUUUCCCAUUAGAAAAAAAAAGCAAAACAAACCAAACAGAAACUGUGCUGAUAUUUGGAAUUAAGUGUUCACCAGAGACCCUGUGGGGCUUUCAGAGACAGACUCCUGAUGCUUUUCUCGAGACGUGGAAAGCAGAUGUAGAAAACAACUGGGGUUCGUGUUUUGUAAAGAACUCGAUAAGGACCUAUUUUCUGCCAAUGACCAAACAGCCUAGGUUCUCUUUCUUGUGAUUUUUUUUUUUAAGAGAUAAUGACUAUAUAAUUUAUUUCCACUAAAACUAUUGUGCAGCAUUUCUGUUUAUAGCAGUAACAAUUGUUAAAGCUCACUGUGAUCAAUAUUUUUAUAUCAUGCAAAGUAUGUUUAAAAUAAAAUGGAAAUUGUAUUAUAUAAUGGUGAGAAUGUUUCAUCAUCUGCCUGAAGGAACUGCAAUUCAACAUUAACAGGAUACUUAAAAGGGGGAAAUGCAAUUAAGAGAAAGCACUUUCAUGAAAGUAAGAUUACUGACAUUUCUCCUAACUAUUGUAUAUGUUUUUUGAAAUAGAAAGAGCUGUACAUACUCUUUCAUGGCUCAGUGAUAUUUUUGUCUGCAGAACAAAAUCAGCAAACUAUUUAGAAUUAAUAACUAAUUUAAACACUGGGGAUUCUGUACAUUACCCAAGGAUAGGGACAGAGUUUAAAGGACACCAGCAACUAUUCACAUUCCAGUAUUUUCACUUUCUGUUAUUUCUUCUUAGCAUUCUGAAAGAAUAAUAUAAAAUACCUACUGAAGAUUAUUAGUAGGAAAAUGGGAAUGCCAGCUAU